CCAAACAAAAAACAAGAAAAAAAAACAAAUAUAUAAAUUACCAAACACGUUUCUUAUUUUUUGUUUUUUAUUAUCGUCACAAAAUAAAACAAAAGGGACCUAUCCAUGGCACACCAGAAUAUGGGGCCGAAUUAAAACAAAAAUAAAUAAAAAAUUUCUAUUUUUGCAUGUUAAAAAACAAAAAAAAUUAACAAAUACAUUACCAAGGGCAACCUAUAUCUUACUAUGAUAUGUUUUAUUUUAACUCAAUGCAUGUGAGGUAGACUAUGCUCAUUUUUAAAACUUCCUCAACUACUUAAACAAGAUCUUACUUAACCCCAUUCUCAAUAAAUUCAGAAAAAACUUUCUCUUCAAUCAAACACAAAAAAAGAAUCCAUAAGUAGCUAAGGCACAAAGAUUUUGAAAUGGCUGCAUGUAAUGUGUUAAACUUUCCAAUUACGGUUUCAUACUUCUCUUCUCAUCAAAUAAUGACCAUGAUCAUCACCAUAGUCACCAUCUUGAUCAUAUCUUCUCCAGCCUCUAUUAAUGCCAAAACCAAAACAAGCCCACUUCCCUUUAAGAAAAUCUAUGCCUUUGGUGACUCUUUUACAGACACUGGCAACACCAGGUCGGCUACUGGGCCAAGUGGCUUUAACCAUGCCUCUAACCCUCCGUACGGGAUGACCUUCUUUCACCACCCAACGAACCGGUACUCAGAUGGACGGUUGGUGAUUGACUUCGUGGCACAAUCACUUUCGUUGCCUUACUUGCCUCCUUAUAAAUAUAUCAAGGGAAAUUCACCAAAUGGGGUCAACUUUGCUGUUGCUGGUUCCACUGCUAUAGACCAUGAGUUCUUUGUUAAGAACAACCUUACUCUUAAUAUCACUCCUCAGUCUAUUGAGACUCAGCUUCUUUGGUUCGAUAAGUACUUGAAGAAAAGUGUUGGGUGUAAAGCUCAGAAUGGAAUUUGCAGGGCUGCUGACCUUGAUGAUGCUCUGUUUUGGGUUGGUGAGAUUGGUGUCAAUGACUAUGCUUACACUAUUGGAUCCACUGUUUCCAGUGACACUAUUCGGAAGAUGGGCAUCAGUAGCUAUACUCGGUUUUUAACGGCAUUGUUAAAGAAAGGAGCGAAGUAUCUUGUGGUUCAAGGCUUGCCAAUGUCAGGAUGCUUGCCUAUGGCCAUGACAUUAGCUCCCCCAAAUGACAGGGACAACAUAGGCUGUGUCAAGAGUGUGAACAACCAAAGUUACACUCACAACCUAGCCAUCUUAAAGCUGGUGAAAUCUCUUAGAAGACAGUUCCCCCGUGCUGUCAUAACAUACGCCGAUUACUGGACCGCCUACCUAACGGUCAUGCAAAGUCCAGCCAAAUUUGGUAUUAAGGAGACAUUUAAAGCUUGUUGUGGCACGGGUGAUCCUUAUAACUUUGAUGUGUUUUCUGUUUGUGGGAUGCCUACUAUCAGUGCCUGUCGAAACCCGUCUCAGUAUGUGAAUUGGGAUGGAGUUCAUCUCACUGAAGCCAUGUAUAAGGUGGUCUCUGAUAUGUUCCUUAAGGGAUCACAUACUCACCCUCGUUUCAGUUACUUGUUAGACCAGAAAUUACACCAAGGAUAAAAAUGUCCCCAUUAUAUUGUAUUAGGUAUUAGAGUGUCCUACAUCGAAAAGAUGUGAGGAUACAAACUCAUUGGUUACUCCACUCAUUAACUAUUGAUUUUUAGAUGGAGUCCCAUGUAUCUAAUCAAACCUCCGUUCUAUACUAUGUAACA